AUGGAGAUGGAAGUUGUUGUAGUCGUUGAAGUCCAGAUGGAUGAGGUAAUGAUGGACAUAGAUGAAGAACCACUGCUACAGGAGGAAGUGGUACAAGGUGACAUUGAGUUUGUCGAUGUACUGCCUGCUGACGCAGAGGCAGUAUUUGAAUUCAGGGAUAUAUUCGACGUUUUACUACCAGACAUCGAUGAGGAGUUCAUGCCGAUUCCCCCGAGAAUGCCCAUCAGAGACCGUCCGGCUGGCAUUCAUCACGAACUUCCAGAGCGUCAUAACAUAGGGCAAUUGGAUGCAAUCUGCACGCAUUGUGGUGCACGUCACUUCUCAUGCGAGCGUACACUCACGAAUCAUCAUUUUACAACAUGUUGUAAUAAUGGUCAAAUGGCCGUUACAGGAGAACGUGUGCUGGGUCAACCACCUGAGUUAUUAAUUCGUUUGUUAGUUGAUGAUUCGCAGGUAGCUAAACAUUUUAGGAAAGAAAUCCGCCGGUACAACAACACUCUGGCAUUUGCUGCGUUCUCCACUGACCUUAACCCAGGACGUUUGCCAGGUCGUGGACCGAGAGUGUUCACCGUUCACGGGCAGGUGUACCGCAGGAUUUGCAAUGACGUUGUCAAAAAUGAGCUGAUGCAACCGAGAUACUGUGAGUUGUAUUUCAUUGAAUCCGGGGCAGCCAACCAGAUCCGCAUGGCACAACAGCCACGCCAACGACCACUAAUAGAAGACUUGCUUGCAGACUUAGAUAAUCUGUUACGGCAAAACAAUCCAUUCGCAGUGGCUUUCGAAAACAUGCGACAAGUAUGGCAGAGGGAACAAGAUGCUGCUGCUGCCAAUCCCAUGUUGCAACCGAGGAGGGUGACCAUGCACAUCGUCGCCGACCCAAACAACGACCCCCGGCGAUACAAUCAACCAGCUGCUCAUGUGAAUGAGGUAGCAGUUGUCUUUGUUGGUGAAGAUGGUCUGCCACCAGGGAACCUCGAUCUGGUCAUCUACGACUCAAACCCAGUUGAUCCAAAUCACCGGAUGCAAAACAUUUCAGCAGGCUCAUCUCACGCAGAUCCAAUGCUAUAUCCCCUUUUUUUCCCGUACGGGGAAACCGGUUGGCAUUACAACCUGCUACAAGAAGGCAACCGCCGGAACACUAUCAGGGAGUUUGUGUGUUACCGUCUGGCCAUUAGAUACACUGGAACCAAUAGCAAUGGGAAUGAAGGCCAUACAUUUAGUUUAAUACAUGCAGGUGGUUUUUUAUUACAGCAGUACAUGUGUGAUCAGUACAUUCGGAUGGAAGCGAACAAUCUGCGCUACACUCGAGAGAAUCGGCCCUGUUGGACGCAGGACCAUUCUACCAUCAACGUUUGUAGGUGGCCUUUGGUACAUGAAACAAUGUUACCAAGACGCAAUGGCCAUUGUGCGUAA